AUGAAUCUCCUUGACAACUACCAGUCAGAUGCCACAAUGGAGGAUGUGGGCGGCUGUGAUAGCACCAUCGACUCCCAAGCUGGACUCGAUAGCCUCAAUGCUAUUCUACCGUCUGAAUCUUCGCACGACCCCUGCUUCGGGCUACAGCAUGCACCCCAUGAAGCAUCAUUCGGGGUCGUGGAAUCGUCAUCAGAAGGUACAGAAGGCUUAUUGCCCCAUGGCGCCCACAGUUGUGCCGACUAUGUAACUCAGCCUCAGCACAGCAUGUACUCUGCAGGCAUUCCGGCAUUUCCUGACCCGCAUGUCAUGGAAUCGUCAUCAGAUGGUGUGGAUGCUCGCUUCGAUCUACCGGUCCAUGGCACCGUCCAUGAGCCCGCUGCGAAACCCUUCCAGGGAAUUCAUUUCGAGGGAAAUGCUCCAUCGAGUUCUGCAGCCAGACCCGACGCGGAACUAUGGGAUCUGGGGGUGUUCAUGUUCACUUGCUACAAGGCCACCUUGGUGAACGAAACCCUCUACGUGAAUAUGGAAAUUGUUGGGGAGAAGAAGAAGCAUGGCUGCACCGACAAGAAAAACGUCGACCAGUCGGCUCCCGGGCCCCAAUACUUAAUAGGAUUGUUCGGGUGCCUAGAUAUAUACCCUGUCACCGGCAUGUCCGGAUCCCGGGUCAUUUAUGGUUCCACGACUACACCUCCCAUUGGAGAUUCAUUGAAACUAGCGGAGCGCAUGCGUGCGUUGAAAACAGCUUCCUCUACAUUUCAGCGUGCCUUAAGGGCGGACCAUGGGCCCAUGAUAAAAAUAUCCUCGACUAUGACGGAUGGGCCGGGAGGCAAAUUAUUCCCGAUGGAGGCGGGUGGGCCCAUGCAGGGAAUAUAUAGAGUAGACGGGUGGGCCGAGGUAGUUGGAUAUUAUGCAGAUGGGUGUAUUAAGGUAGAUGUGUAUGAGAUAGAUGGGUAG